AACUUCCCCAUCCUCUCUCUCUCUCUCUCUCUCUCCAGCUUCUGCAAGGGUUUCUGCUCUGCCACUACAACAACUUCUUCUCCCUCCAUUCUCCCACCCUUCUCUCCAUUUCUGAACUGACCCACUGUCCUGAAAUCUUCAAAAUGUCAUCUGAGUGCUACCAAAUCUUCUUCUCUCAGCAUGGCCAUUCUUCUGUUCUGGGCGUCAAUGUCUUCUUUCUGGCGCUCGCCUUUGUCGCCGUCUUCGCUUUCUUGGUCUCGCCAGGUGGGCUCGCCUGGGCCAUCUGGAGGGCCCGCGUCCCGGGUCAACUCGGACCCGCCAUUCCCGGUCCGUCCGGGUUUCCUCUGGCGGGUCUGGUCUUUGCAUUCGCCGGGUCUCUCACCCACCGAGUCCUCGCCGAGCUCGCUAGAGCCUUUGACGCUGUCCCGUUGAUGGCCUUCUCUGCCGGGUUCACCCGUUUCGUCAUCUCGAGCCAUCCGGACUCGGCCAAAGAUAUUCUUAACAGCUCCGCUUUCGCUGACAGACCCGUCAAGGAAUCGGCCUACGAGCUGCUCUUCCACAGAGCAAUGGGUUUCGCUCCUUUCGGCGAAUACUGGAGGAAUCUAAGGCGAAUCUCGGCGACCCAUUUGUUCAGUCCGAAGAGAAUCGCCAGUUUCGGCGAGUUCCGGCGAGAUAUUGGGCUCGAGAUGGUGGAUGAGAUUAGGGUUUUGAUGCAGAAAAGAGGCGCGGUUGAGGUGAGACGAGUUCUGCAUUUUGGGUCUCUCAACAAUGUUAUGAUGAGCGUUUUUGGGAGGCGUUUUGAAUUUGGUGAAGGCGACGGCGGUCACGGGUCUCUGCUUGAGCAUUUGGUGAGCGAAGGGUACGAGUUGCUUGGGAUAUUCAACUGGAGCGACCACUUUCCUCUUCUGGGCUGGCUAGAUUUGCAGGGAGUGAGAAGGAGAUGCAGAAAUUUGGUAGCUAAAGUGAACGUCUUUGUUGGGAAAAUCAUAGAGGAACACAGGCUGAAGAGGGUCGAAAGAAAAAAUGUAGCAAUGGGUGCUGAUGAUGAAACUUCUGGGGACUUCGUCGAUGUCCUGCUCGACUUAGAGGAAGAUAAGAACAGACUUAGUGACUCUGAUAUGAUUGCCGUCUUGUGGGAAAUGAUCUUUAGAGGGACCGAUACAGUUGCAAUCCUCCUUGAAUGGAUUCUCGCAAGAAUGGUCCUGCACCCAGAUAUUCAAGCCAAAGCCCAAUUCGAAAUUGACACAAUCGUCGGCCACCGUCCGGUUUUGGACGCCGACCUUGCCCACCUCCCUUACCUCAAUGCCAUUGUGAAGGAAACCCUCAGAAUGCACCCGCCAGGUCCCCUCCUCUCCUGGGCGCGGCUCGCCAUCCACGACACCCACGUCGGCCCGCACUUCGUCCCGGCCGGCACGACAGCCAUGGUGAACAUGUGGGCUAUCACACACGACGACCGGGUCUGGUCUGAGGCAGCCGAGUUCAAACCGGAGCGGUUCAUGGAGGAAGAAGUAGUCAUGCCCAUAAUGGGGUCUGAUCUGAGGUUGGCUCCCUUUGGCGCAGGCAGAAGGGUGUGUCCAGGCAAAGCAAUGGGGCUGGCCACAGUCCAGUUGUGGUUGGCACAAAUGCUGCAGAACUUCAAAUUGGUAGCUUCUGAUGAGCGAAAGGUGGAUUUGUCCGAGUGCCUGAAACUCUCUCUGGAGAUGAAACACUCACUGGUGUGCAAAGCUGUGGCAAGGGUUAAUUAAUAUAUGUUGCUUGAAGGGUGUGGUGAAUGAUCUCAUCCAUGAUUUUGGGACUUUCUAUGGGGAGAUUAGAUUUGUGUAGAUGCAUGAUGAUUGGCUAUAUAGAUAAUAUAUACACACACGUGCGUGCGUGUGUGCGCGUGGGGUGGGGGGUUGGGUUUGUGUUCUUUCAAUUUUCAGCUAGCUAGGGCAUGUUUUAGGUGUGAAAGGUGUAUUUGUGGUGGUGGUUUGUAGGGGAAAGGCUCUGGAGGUGUGUAAUAGUCAACUCGUGUAGCUCUGGUUUGCCUGGAUGGCUUCCCUUCAUGUAUUUCAUUGCAAGUUUCAUGCAGUGUACUUAUUUUUUGCUC